AUGGAUUUCGUCAAAAAGGCAGCCGAUAAGAUGGGCGGCAGCAACCAGCAGCAGCCUGCUCAGGGAGGCCAGCCUGCUCAAGGAGGACAGCAGGACUACGUUGACAAGGGUAUUUGCAUCUUUAGCUCGCCUACAGGAGUCAACAUGAGUACUCCGCUUAUGAACCUUGCGCUAACAAUCGUACCAGCCUUUGGCCAAGUCAACAAGAAGCAGGGAUGGAACUUGAGCCAAGAUAAGCAGGAGAAGAUCACUGAUGGCGGCCGUCAAGCCUACGAGAAGGUCACCGGAAACAAAGUGAACUCCAAGAUCUCCAACUAG